CAUAAACUCCCACAAUAUGACGCGAUUCUCUCUUAUUCCCGUGGAAAUUUUCUACUCCAUAUUCAGUCUCCUAAGCAAACCAGACCUUUCUCGCCUAUCCCGGACGUGCAAACAAAUCCACCAACUAGCCACCCCGCGUCUCUGGAGAAGCUACCGCAACUACAACCAACAACCCUACAACCUAUUCCUGCGCGCUGUACUCACCAACCCAGACCUCGCCAAGCAUAUUAUAGAACUUCACACGUCGAAUGUAUCCGAAGAUGACCCUCGCGAAAUCUCAGAGGAAGACAUCGAAUCCUUCCAAUCAGCAGUCUCGGACCUCUCACUCCCUAUCGAAUUCAAAGAUCGCCUGAAUGAGGGCAUCAAAGAAGGCUACAGCGACCCGAUGCUUGCUCUUUCACUCUGCAAGCUACCAAAUCUGAAGAACCUGUUCCUAUACCGACCUGAUUUCAGCGACCUGAUAUGCGAGCUGUUUGACCACGCCAAUUCGGGUGAAUUUUCCGGCCUUGACAACCUCCGACGAUUCUCCAUAGAAACCACCGACGUUUCUUGUGCUGUUGGAACUGUUCGGGACUUUGGGGGCGUUUUUAACAGGGCGCACGAGGUGCAAAUCGUACAGCUAAACGAUGAGAAUAUGAGUCCGUCCCGAUUCCGAGAGGGCACGUCUGCAGUUGAGCAUCUUCACAUCCUCGAGAGUGGCAUGGGAACCGACGCCAUGCGGGUAUUCGUGCAGGGCUGCAGAACGCUCCGCACAUUCAACUAUACUUUCGGGAAUGUUGAUUACUACGAGGACCAUUUCAAACCACAGGAGGCCGUGAAAGAGCUUGAGCAUCAUAAAGACACGCUUGAGGAGCUCACUGUUCUGUACUGCGAUGACCGUCUAAAGCAGUCUUGGUACGACUUGACAGGUCGCGAAUGGUACAUGGGGACUGAGCUGCAGCAAUUCAACAAGUUGAAGAAGCUUCGGAGUGGUAUGCAUAGUCUGCUCGGGCUAUUGCAUCCACAGACCGCUGCGAUGGAGACAUAUCCUGCAAAUCCUCAGACUGAUAGAGAAAGACCAGAGCUGGUAGACGUGCUUCCAGCGUCAAUAGAGCAUUUGACGAUUUUGUACGCUGAUGCGCGGAUUAUUCCUCAUUUACAGAAGGUCGGGGAUGUCCGCGAGAAGCAAUUUCCCAGUCUGAAAAAGGUUAUCGUCGGGCUUUGUUCAGAGUCAACGGAGAAGGACGUUCAAUUGGAAAUUCCAGGGCUAGACUUGUUGGUGCUGUAUCAGACUCAGGAGGAACGAGAGGCCUACGUCUAUGACCGAGAUGCCUAUUCGUGGGUUGGGUCUCCGGUUUUCAGGGACUGAUUUAUAGUUAUUAUUAUAUUUUCAGUGUUGUGUUUUAGAUAAUUGCCACUAUGGUCAUGGGAAACGUUCAAAUUAAUGUAAUGCACACCCUG